AUGAGGUUAUCACUCCGCAUCGGCUCAGCCGCCGUGCUCAUUAUUCUCGGCUUUAUCCUGUUCAAUCGCCGCGUCCUACCUAAAGGCCCUCACCCCUCCUCGUUCUGGCACUUCGACACUACCGAUUUCCGCUCCGUUUUCCACCCUCGGCCCUCUACUCAGGAUUCGUCGCGCCGAAAAUGGGGCAGCGGCACUGGCCACACGGUCGAGUUGACUUAUCAGAAUACUCCGAUUGUCGUUCCUGACGAGGGAAUCAUCGUCAUCGGCAAAUUGCGCGAGGAAGACACGACUUGGGUCUCUCAGGAGCUUGCGGAAUGGCGCAAUUUCAUUUACACGGUCGACGAUACCUCCGUCCCCAAUCACACACCUAAGAACAAGGGUCGCGAGGCUCUCCCUUACCUUCAAUUCCUCGUCGAUCACUACGACGACCUCCCCGCUAUCGUCGUCUUCGUCCACGCUCAUCGCGGAACAUAUGAGACAGCGUGGCACGUCGACUCCAUGGAUUACAACAAUGUCGAUUCCAUUCGCGCCCUGCAGCACGAUUUCGUACGACAGGAAGGUUUCGUCAAUCUCCGCUGUCAAUUGUCCCCCGGCUGCCCUGAAGAAAUGCAGCCUUUCCGCCAGCCCCCAAAGCCCGGUGACACAGGCGAGAAGCACUAUGCCGCGGCUUGGAAGGAGAUCUUUGGCAACUCCAAUGUUCCAGAGAAGAUCGCCGCCCCGUGUUGUUCGCAAUUUGCCGUUUCCCGGGAACAGGUUCUGCAGCGUCCGCGCACUGAUUACCUGCGCAUGUAUAACUGGGUUCUGAACAAUGAUCUCUCCGACGAAGUCACUGCCAAUAUCAUGGAGUACAUGUGGCAUAUCAUCUUCGGAAAGGAUCCCAUCUUCUGUCCGGAUGUCUUCCAAUGCUAUGCCGAUGUCUUCGGCGAGGAAGUCAUCUUCUAA